CCACAGGAUAGGAGGUAAUAUUACAUUAUUGCCCUCAACAGUGCCCUCAAUAGUGAAUACGUUACCAUUUUACUCUCCUUCUCAGACCGCCUGUCCAUUUUGCUCGUCCCCAACACUCACACAAGGCUGUUAUUUUGCUCCUGGAAGAGCUCAAAAGAAAUUGGUUCUUUAUAGGUGAAGUGACAAUUUAGAAGCUGAGAGGAUUAUCCUACAAAUCUGAAAUGAGUUUAAUCUUAAGAUUAAGGCAUAAUUUACCUCAUGGGUUCUGUAGAAAACCUUUUCUUUCUCUUGUGACUGCCAUUUAUCCGACUAACUCAAUUGGGUUAAAUCGACACUUAACUCAACCUGCAAGGAAAGUGGAAGAAGAGGAGGAAGAAGUAGAGAUUGACCAAAGAAGACUCCCCGCUGAUUAUGACCCUGCAACUUUUGAUCCUAUUGAACAUCGUAGCCCUCCAACGGAGCGGGUAUGGAGGCUUGUAGAUGAAAUAUCUGGGCUCAAAUUGGUUGAAGUUGCAGAGCUCUCCUCAAUUUUGAUGAAGAAAAUGGGCAUGAAGGAGCCGCCAAUUGUCGGGAUCAUGAAACCAGGAGCUGCUGGAAUGGCUGGGGCAGCCAUGAAGACAUCUACUGCGACCAAGGAGGAGAAGAAACCGGAGAAGACUGUUUUUGAACUAAAACUAGAGUCAUAUGAUGCUGCUUCAAAGAUCAAGAUAAUUAAGGAGGUUAGGAGUUUUACUGAGUUGGGACUCAAGGAAGCAAAGGAUUUGGUAGAGAAGGCACCUGCAGUGUUUAAAAAGGGGGUGUCAAAAGAAGAAGGUGAACAAAUAAUAGAAAAGAUGAAAGCUGUUGGCGCAAAAGUGGUUUUGGAAUGAAAUAACAAUGAGCACGGGUAUUUGCUUCCCUCUUGAAUCCUUGAAUCUUGUUAACUUCUUCUGAACUUAUCUCAUUUUGUCCCGAAAUUACAGAAAAUGAAGUGAGAUGUAUUUGAGUAUCUCUUAGAUUGUUUUUCUAAUUGAGGAAUUUUUCAUUGUUUAUUGUCGAUCUUGGUGAGCAUCGAGUUUAGAAUUCUUAAAGUCUAGUGAUAUCACUUGAACCCAGAUGAGGAAAUUUUAGGAUCUAUGUUUUCCUUUUUUUCUUCUAUUUUCCAUGGUAAAUGCUAUGAACAACACAUAAUUGAGACCAGAUUUAAACUAAGGAGUAAUGGCUACUGAUAGACUUGCU